UGCCUAUUUUGAGGAAUCAUGCUAUUAACUAAGAGAAAGGGGGAUUUUGCAAUUGUCCAUCUGGUAUUAGUAAUGGCAAAGAAAAAAAUCUGUCAGACAUGGUCACCAAAGCAGAUCUUCUAAAAUGCAAUCAUAAUGAAGGAAAAGACAACGUAAUACAUUCCCAGUGACCAUUACAAGAUGACAAAAAUCCCAUUUUCUUGUGUUACGCUUGCUAGCUGCUCCUCCACAGCCACAACAGACGCCCCAUUAAAAAACAACUUAUUCUCUCCCAGGCUUUUUAAAAAACUAUUAAUCUGUUGACAACCAAUCAAAGGCUGUCCUGCUGUGAACAGACCAAUGAGGAGACCAGGCACGUUGAGCGCUCAACCAAUCAAGGCAGGCCAUUCUAAUUCUGUCCAUCAUUAUGAGGAAAGUGCCACAGCGGUCUAAGGUGCAUCUUAUUUAUGACCUGCAGCCAGAGAGCCGGUGGUGGGACAUUUGUCUGUGAAAGUGAGAGUGGUGCUUGGUGUUCACUUUGGAGAUCCAUUAUGGACUAGUUAAAGAGUUGAGAAGAGGAAGUAAAAACACAGACUCUUACCUGAUCUUUCAGACAUUUCAGGGGUGAUGUGAGGACCACACUGAGCCCUGGAAAUACUCACACAGAAAGUUGUCAGGUUGUGUUGAACUGGACUAGACCCUUCGGAGUACUUGAUGUCAGGACCUUGGUAAGAAAUCAGUCUUGAAUCGCCAUCGUCGUCGUCUUGGGAAGCAGAAGAAGUGCACACGGGUGUCCAUGGAGUCCAAUAUUUCAGGGUCCUUCCUCUUCAACAACAGCUUGAACCAGUUCCCCUCAGACAUCAAGGCCCCGGUGUGCCAGUACUCCAUUCCCAACUCCUUCUACAAGCUCAGCCACGCCAACAUCAACUCUCAGCUCCAGGCCGGCACACCGCAUGGCAUCAGCGACAUCCUGAGUCGAUCCAUGGUGGGCGGCCCGGGAACCCCUGCGCUACUGUCCGGGUACCCCUCCAUGGGUGGCUUUGGGACAGCUGUGCCCAGUCCAGGGGUGUAUUAUAACCGGGAUUACGCCCCAGCGGGACUGAGCAGUUUCCCUAAACCCGGAGUCGAAUGUUCGGGUCUGAAGGGUAAAGGCAGCAGCUGCUGGGUGGACGGAGGGUACGAGUGGAGAGGAGCCAGACAGCAGUGUCCCAACAAUGGCGGGCAUCACAUUGAGACUGUGGGGAAAAAGAAGCACACAAGACCCACGUUCAGUGGGCACCAGAUCUUCGCUCUGGAGAAAACCUUCGAGCAGACCAAGUACCUGGCAGGACCAGAGAGAGCCAGACUGGCAUACUCACUAGGCAUGACUGAGUCACAAGUUAAAGUUUGGUUCCAGAACCGGCGCACAAAAUGGCGGAAGAAGAGCGCGACGGAGCCCAGCUCCACACAGGCCUCGCGGGGGGAGAGCGGAGGAGACGGCUCGGAAAACGAGGUGGAGGACGAGGAGUACAACAAACCGCUGGACCCCGACACAGACGACGAGAAGAUCCGACAGCUGCUGCGCAAACACCGCAGAGCUUUCUCAGUUCUGCGCCUGGGACCGCAUCACAUCUGAGGAGAACUCACGCGAAUUCAAGCCAACAGACGAGAGGCCUCAAAUUAUACAAAUACACAGAAAUAUAUAACCGUUAUCGGUAACACUUUCUAUGAAGUCCCACCUUUUUUGCCAAGGAAAAAAAGAUACAGAAAAACUGUUAAAAUUGAACCUGCCACUAAUAAGCCCGUUAGGUUUUUUACUAGUAGCUACAAAUGUAAACACUAACAAUGUAUGAAAUGGCAAAAUAAAAUUUAAAAGGUAACAAAAUACAAAAUGUUUUGGCCAGUGGAUGCAAUUAAUAAAUUCUAAGCUAUAAAUAUAGCCUAUUGUAACAAAUUUCCUCUAGAAGAAAAAAUAUUGAGUAAACAUUCUACAGAUUAUGCUCAUUGUAAUACUUUUUAAUAUUGAACUAUUGAUGUGGCUCCAUUUGGGAAAAAAUAUAUAGGCCUAUUAUAACAUUUAUUAGCCUAAAUAUCACUUUUUAUUGAUUGUGUUAUUCUCUAAAUAUAUAACUAUGAAUACGUUUGUAUAAUGAAACUGGUGACAGUUAUUUACAAGAACAUACAAUUGACAGUAGAUUGUAUUACAAGGCAUUAAGAAUCAAUUUUAAAGGAUUUAGAAAUAAUUGCAUUAUUUAAAGGCUUCAUAGAAAGUGUUACCCGUCUUCGAUUUUAAUUUUGUUCAAAAUUAUUUUGAGGUAAAAUGCAUUAUAAAUGCUCAUAAAACUGCAGGAAUAAUAAACAGAUAAAAGCAGUAAAAGCAAGCAGAUACAUAAAUAAUUUCUGAAUGAACUGUAUUCUCACUCUCUUUAUGUCAUUUUGUUACUGUGGAUGUACGUUCUUCCUUCUUCUUUUCUUUCAAAAAUUUCUGAUGAUUAUGAAAUGUGUGUUUAUGUUAGUCCUUAAAAUGGCACAAUAUCAGAGUUCACAGACAGCCUCUCAACUCUCAUUCUCAUUUCAUCUGGUUACAAGCAUUUCAUGUUGUGCGAGUGACCUUAAACUAACCUGCAACUCUCUUAAAUCAAGUAGGGGUUCAGAAUCAGAUCAGUUUAGUAAUAAAACAGCAUGUUUUCAAUUAUAAGCACUGCAAAGAGAUAUUAUUUAUUGAUUUUUAAAAGCUCUUGAAGACAGGGUAGAUAGAUAUUCCCCCAAUAAUUACAUAAAUUCAGUUAUACACCGCAAAUACAGUAAAAUGUUAACAUCUAAAAGGCAUAUAAUACAUAUGAUCUGUAAAUGAAUUAUGAUGAAAAU